AUGGGUAUGCUAUGGGUGAUUUUGUUUACGGCCUUAACGGGCCUGCAUUUGGUACAAGGGUUUCCUGUGAGGCCAACGCCGCAAGUCUACCCUCACGGUUCAAACGAAGCCGCAGUCUUCCAAUGGGGUUCACAGGGUCUGUAUGUGUUGCCAGCGCUGGCGCUGGUUCUCACUGCUAUUGGACUACUGUUUGGUUGUACAUGGUGUUACAGGCAUAAAGAUUGCAAGGCGCACAAACAUCUUUUCAGAACAGUGAAUGAGAGCUCGUAG